GCUGCCAUCUUGCAGCGUGCGGGUCCGCCGCCGCUGCAGUCGCUCCCCGGAAAGUGGGCCCCGAGCGAGCGACAGCGUGUCCUGCUCAGAUUGCGUUCUUUUCCCAUUGCCAGCCCUGCCAAACAGCCCUGCCGAGGUUGUUCAGCUAAUUAACCUGUCGCCCGCGGCCUGACGCCGUGCCCUCCGCCGCGAAACGGAGCUCCGGGAACGUCUGCCGCGAUGCCGAACGUGCAGCUGCCGCCCAAGGAGAGCAACCUCUUCAAACGUAUCUUGAAAUGUUACGAGCAGAAGCAGUACAAAAAUGGCCUCAAGUUUUGCAAGAUGAUUCUUUCGAAUCCAAAAUUUGCUGAACAUGGAGAGACUUUGGCUAUGAAAGGAUUAACAUUGAACUGUUUAGGAAAAAAAGAAGAAGCAUAUGAAUUUGUUCGUAAAGGACUUCGUAAUGAUGUCAAGAGUCAUGUCUGUUGGCAUGUAUAUGGCCUCCUGCAGCGUUCUGAUAAAAAAUAUGAUGAAGCUAUUAAGUGUUACCGAAAUGCCCUCAAGUUAGAUAAAGAUAAUCUGCAAAUCUUGAGGGAUCUCUCUCUGUUGCAGAUCCAAAUGAGAGAUCUUGAAGGCUACCGAGAGACAAGGUACCAGCUUCUUCAGUUGCGCCCAACACAACGUGCUUCCUGGAUUGGAUAUGCCAUUGCAUACCAUUUGCUGAAAGACUAUGAUAUGGCACUCAAACUCUUGGAAGAAUUUAGACAAACACAGCAAGUUCCUCCCAACAAAAUAGACUAUGAAUAUAGUGAACUGAUACUAUAUCAGAAUCAAGUGAUGAGAGAGGCAAAUCUCUUUCAGGAAUCUUUGGAACAUAUUGAAACAUAUGAGAAACAAAUAUGUGAUAAACUUUUGGUGGAAGAAAUUAAAGGGGAAAUACUGUUGAAAUUGGGAAGAUUAAAAGAAGCCAGUGAAAUAUUCAAAAACUUGAUUGACCGGAAUGCAGAAAACUGGUGUUACUAUGAAGGCUUGGAAAAAGCGCUACAACUUAGCACUUUAGAAGAGAGGCUUCAGAUUUAUGAAGAAAUUUGUAAGCAGUACCCCAGAGCAAUUUCACCUAGAAGAUUACCUUUAAGUCUUGUUCCAGGUGAAAAAUUCAGAGAACUAAUGGAUAAAUUCCUGAGAGCAAACUUCAGUAAAGGUUGCCCACCUUUGUUUACUACUUUGAAAUCUUUAUAUUAUGAUACAGAAAAGGUUUCUAUAAUCCAGGAACUUGUUACUAAUUAUGAAGCUUCUCUUAAAACGUGUGACUUUUUUAGUCCCUAUGAGAAUGGAGAAAAGGAGCCUCCAACAACUCUACUCUGGGUUCAAUAUUUCCUGGCCCAGCACUUUGAUAAACUUGGACAAUAUUCUUUGGCUUUGGAUUAUAUUGAUGCUGCAAUUGCUAGUACUCCAACUCUAAUAGAGUUAUUCUAUAUGAAAGCAAAAAUUUACAAGCAUAUGGGUAAUCUCAAAGAGGCUACAAAGUGGAUGGAUGAAGCUCAGUCUUUGGAUACAGCUGAUAGAUUCAUUAAUUCCAAAUGUGCAAAAUACAUGCUUCGAGCAAAUAUGAUAAAAGAAGCAGAGGAAAUGUGCUCCAAGUUCACAAGGGAAGGAACAUCUGCCAUGGAAAAUCUAAAUGAAAUGCAGUGUAUGUGGUUUCAGACAGAAUGCAUUUCAGCUUAUCAGCGACUGGGGAGAUAUGGGGAUGCUUUGAAAAAAUGCCAUGAAGUAGAAAGGCAUUUUUUUGAGAUAACCGAUGAUCAAUUUGACUUCCAUACAUACUGCAUGAGAAAGAUGACCCUUCGUGCCUAUGUUGACCUUUUGAGAUUAGAAGAUAUUCUCAGAAGACAUGCCUUUUAUUUCAAGGCUGCUAGAUCAGCGAUUGAAAUAUAUUUGAAGUUAUAUGAUAAUCCUUUAACUGAUGAAAGCAAACAACAAGAAAUAAAUUCAGAAAACCUGUCAGCCAAAGAAUUGAAGAAAAUGCUUAGCAAGCAGAGAAGAGCUCAGAAAAAGGCUAAGUUAGAAGAAGAGAGAAAGCAUGUGGAAAGGGAACGUCAACAAAAAAAUCAAAAGAAGAAAAGAGAUGAAGAAGAAGAAGAAGCCAGUGGUCUUAGGGAAGAACUUGUACCUGAGAAAUUAGAAAGGGUAGAAAAUCCAUUAGAAGAAGCCAUCAAGUUUCUUACACCUCUUAAGAACCUUGUUGCUGAUAACAUUGACACCCAUCUACUAGCAUUUGAAAUAUAUUUUAGAAAAGGAAAGUUUCUGUUAAUGCUACAGUCUGUCAAACGAGCUUUUGCCAUCAACAGUAAUAAUCCAUGGUUACAUGAGUGUUUAAUUAAAUUUUCUAAGUCUGUGUCUAGUCAUAGCAACCUUCCAGACAUUGUGAGCAAAGUUCUGUCUCAAGAAAUGCAGAAAAUAUUUGUCAACAAGGAUUUGGAUAGUUUUAAUGAGGAUUUUCUCAAACAUAACACUACCUCUCUUCAACAUCUACUUUCAGGUGCUAAAAUGAUGUAUUUUCUGGACAAAUCAAGGCAAGAGAAAGCAAUUGCUAUAGCCACUAGGUUGGAUGAAACUAUAAAAGAUAAAAAUGUAAAGACUUUAUUAAAGGUUUCUGAGGCACUGCUUGAUGGCAGCUUUGGGAACUGCAGUUCCCAAUAUGAAAAAUACCGGAUGGCCUGUCACAAGCUUCUUCCUUUUACAUCUGCUUUCCUGCCUGCUGGGAAUGAAGUCCAGAGUCCUAGUGUGGCACUGAACCAUACAGCUAAUAACAACGAGGUCUUAGCAAUUGAAAUUUGAAAUUUUGUGGACGUUAACUCCUGCAGACUCAAAACUGAGCUCACAUCAGGGUUUCUUUUUCAGGGUGCAUUUUAAUAUAGGUAUGAAAUGAAAUAUUGCUGUAGAAUUUUUAAAUGGAGUAUUCUAUAAGUCUAUUUUAUUCUCUGACUCUGCCAGUUUACUUAAAUAUCUGUUAAAAUGACUUGUUUAUACUUGUACAGUUUUUCUUAAAUUCCCAUAUUAUCAGCACCGUAGUGGCUGCUGUUGCUUCUAUAUCAUAAUUAAGAUAAUUUCUGAGUAAGUGAGGUUGUAUCAGCCCUUGGAUAUUAUUUUUUAGAUCCUGGUUUCAGGAUCUAUAUCUUCAUCCCUUGUCUUCCUAGUUUAUUUUAUCAGUGCUUAUUUGCUUGCUGGCUUUUGUUUAGAAGUACUAACUAUAUGUUUAAAAAUAGGCAUAAAAAUGGUAACUUACUGUAUAAGGGUACUUCAGUUUCUGUAAGUGAUUUAGAAUGUGAAAAUCGAUUUGCUUCUUAAUCAUGUAAAUUCACUGGAAAUUUGUUGCAUAAUCUGUGUGUCUCAAAGACCCACGUGCAAGAGUUCUGCUUUUUUGAGCAAGUUGCUUAACAAAUUGAACAAGUGGUUUAUCCUGUGAAGUAUGCUUCCAGGGAGCAUAAUGGGGCAGAAUACAGAUUAAAAUGAAGCACUAAUUACUCUUACAAUCCCACAUUAAUUACUAAGUGCAUUUUUAGAUCUCUCAGUAAAAUGAGAAUUUCAGCUACCAUUAGUUUAAAUAGUGUUGUUAAACAAUAUUUUGAGGGAGAUAGGUUUUUGUCAUAUCUUGUACAGGAAACAGUAAUGGAAUCACCCACUAUGUCUCAGAACUGUGUAAAUAUGUCUGUAAUAUUACUGCUUCCCUUUAAGCCAAUGUCUCAAAAGGGAGAUUUUAUUUAGACAGUUCAAUUAAAAUGGCUUUCUUUACCUAAUCUGUUCAGAUUCAUAAUUGUUGAGAUGGGGAAGAAUACUCACUAUAAAAUAAUGCCGACCUAGAUAAUGCUAUAAUAAAUUAUU